GGUAACCUAUCAGAAACGGUACGGCUACAGAGGUGAACUACGCCUGAUGAAAACUUGAAAUAAAUAUAAUACAAAUGUGAUUUGUUGGCUUAAAAGUGAAAAGGUUGUUAAGCCACCAGCAGCAGAUAACCCACAAGAGUCACGGAGCGAUUUAGCAGAGACUCUUUGUAAAAACUCAAGCGCAGCCAAAGACAGGAGAAGAAUACCUGAGCCACCAGAAAGAAGAGCCAUGAAUUUAAAUGACUUUGUGGUGCUUCCUAACAACAAGGCCAGAUCUGUCAAGCUCAAUGCCAGGAACUUGCAAGAAUUGCAAAUGGAGACCGCGAUUCUGGCCAAUGAGAGCAGAGAGAUAGAGGAGAAAUUGCAACAGCUGAAAGACAGCAUGAGUAAAGAGAAAGCGGAGAGAGGACAUUCACAAAGGUUUCAAUGGGCAUCUGGACAAUUCCUGAAAAGCAAUUCUCUAUCAAAUGGCUCCAAGAAGGACAAAGAGAGCAAGCUCCAAAAGCUGUCAGCAGGUAAACUGAAGAUCCGAGUGCUGAAGGCUGAAGAACUGACAGCCCCACCUCAGCCACCACCUCCACCCCCACUUCUUACCCAGAUGGCAAGAAAAAACAGACUGAGGGGAAGAAUAUGCGGACAAUGUGAAGUCAAGACUGCUGGAAUAAUGUGUGCCGAAUGCACUGAAAACUACUGUGUUGGCUGCUUUGCCAGAUUUCACCAGAAGGGGGCACUGAAGUUCCAUAAAAUGAUCCCCACUCAGGCAGAGUUACAGACCCAUGUGAGCGCUCGAGAUGUUGUCAGCUGCUUUCAGAAACAGAUUGACCCUGGCUCCUGCUCCAGUACCUUUACAACUCCUAAUCCUAAUCCCAAUCCCAGCACCACUCCCAGUUCCAAUCACAUCCUAAUGUGCAAUGCCAUUACCGGACAGGGAGGUGAGAGCCCAGAAAAAGGAAGAGUGGCUGAGGAAAACCCUGACUGUAGCAAGGUGUUGGCUGUGAGUCAUGGAGAGGAGAAAAAGGUGGAUAUCACUGGACCCCCCUCCUCUCUUCUUAGGGGAGAGUACAGUGAGGAGGAGUCUGCGAGAUCUUUCCAGGAGGCUCUCAAAUUAUGGAGGGGAAAGAAAAACGAUGGAUUCUGGAUACCUGUCAGACCAGUAUCAGUGUCAGCUAAGGCGACCCAGACUGCCCUCCCUCCAGACAGAGAAGCUGAAGGACAAAGAAGAGGCGGGGGAGAAGAGAGGGUUCCUGUCAUGGUGGAGUUCACAGAAAACAGCCUUACCUACAUGGACAGAUUGCUUCUCAAGAAGCACCGGAGAACACCAUUUGAAAUGUAUCAGCCGUCUCAGGCCUUCUCUUCAGAUUUAAAAUCUCUGCCUGCUACACGCGCUGAGGAGGAAACGGCAAGCAUCUUAAAUGAAGAGGAGGAGGAUUUUCGUCACUACUGUGCAUCACUGUUUGCUGUCCCUGUCAGCAGGGACAGGCCUGAGCCACAGGUUACUACACCUGAGUCAUGCCUCUGCAUUGAAGUCCUGGAAGAGACAGGCAGAGACAUGAGGGGAGUCAGUGCUGAAAAGAGGGCAGACAACAGCAUUGAGGUCCCCUCUGUUCAGCGAAUUUCAAAGAAAGGAAGAUCACUUGUGCCCAGAACAGCCCUACCCAGUGAUGGAUCAUUAGGAGUCAUCUCUCUGUCUCCUGGUGCAACACAACCAUUCAAACAGUUCAGAGCACCACUACAGCCCAAACUAGCUCAGAAGCUCAACUCAUCUAAAUGUCAAACAUCACAAGCAGGAUCCUCAGUUAAAUCAUUUCCAUCUAAAAGCAAGCUGUCAACAUGUCCCACUGCUGAGAAUCUAACAGCUACAGAGUCAUCAAUCAAAACAUCGCCCUCAAAGUCACCUCCCAUUUUCUCUCGCACUGUUUACCAAUCAGUAGCUGGCUGUGGUUCACCACAGCGUACUUCCUUGCUACCACAUUCCCAGAUUAAAAUCCCCAAAUCUUCACAUUCUACUCCCUUAUAUUCAGCUGAUGUUUUAGCUAUGACUAGUAACAGGUCGCCAAUCACAGAAGAGCAUCUCUCUCUUUCUCCACCCAUAUCAUUUUCCCUUAGGUCUACUUUCACAGUUUCGUCAUCAAGCUCUACUGAAUCAACUUUAUUGCCCAAAGUGAACCAUCCGGCCCCAUUAGAGAAAUGCCCAGACUCAGCUCUCUUGCCAGAUCAACCCCAAUCUUCCCAGUUAUUUGUAGAGCCAAUUUCCUCCCCAAAGAUUUGUGAAUCACCAAGAAGCAAUCUGAUGUCCCCAAAGGAAUCCCAGCAUUCCUUGUGUGACCCAGAAUCUCUUCAAUCAGAUAAUCAACUCCAGUUGCCUUUGUCCCCUGAGACUGCAAGUACACACUCACCAGCAAAACACUUGGAACCAGCUCUAUCACAGAUAAGUGUUGUGCCUUCAGAAACCCUAUCAAAGUUAUCUCUAUUUGAUGUGACCCCUCCAGAUGAACAUUCUACAUAUAGGUCAACUCGAGCAUUUGAGGAUGCUCCAAACUGGAGCAUCCUCAAAUGGGUUGAAAAUGAGUCAACCCAGUCACAUCAGGAUACAAAUUAUAUCCCAUCAUCGUCUCUCUUAAAUGUCAUCCAGAAUACUCCUUUUGCUGUGAAAAUGGAUGAAGAUGAGACGUUAUCAGUAGACAGUGGAGAUGAUGAUAUGUCCAGUGAUAGCCUGGGUAUGGCUUCACAGGAAGAAGAUACUUCAGAUGAGGAUACACAGAUGCAAGGACCUUUAAUGAGAGGGAGAUCUAGAGAAGAGCAAGAGAAUCCUGCCAUAUCUCAUCUAGAAGAUUCCUUUGUUCGUGCAGAGGCAGAAACGAAAAAAGAUUUGCAGACUGAUAAGUCAGAACAGCUGCCAGAACUAUCCACGGUUAUUCACAACAAGAGUUCUGGGUCUGGAUCAGAGCAGUUCUGUGAUCUGGAUGGGUUUUUGCCUCCAGGUUUGGACAUGAUCGCUGGUCAACCAGAGACACCAGAACAUGCACACUGUGACCCACUUCACACAUGCCAGUCUCCGCUGCGUGAUUCAGACCCAACAGGGUCAGAAGGUUAUAGGUUAAGCAGCAGACUUGGAGCCUUCAAAAAGGAACACCUGGUUUCCAGAAUGAUGAAGGGCAAUCACCGGCAGCCAACUGGAAUUCAGAUUCACUCAUCCAGGACAAGAGAAGUAUCAGCAAAUGAACUGGGAACAUCUGUCGACUCAGAAUUCUCUCCAGCAUUUCCUCCGCUGUCCCAGGCAGCCAAAGACAUCAUGGAGAUCUGUAAUGUGGACCAGAUGGGCUGUGAAGACCCUGACCUGGAGAUAGACACAACUGCACAUGCUCUAAGCAGUCUGGACCAGGAGCUAAAACUCAUGGCAAAAGCAGGCACUCAGGCUCUGGUUGCUGGUACAGGAAACGGUGGAUGUCAGGAUCAGUGUGGGAAUCCCUGUGUCAUACGAGGCGGGGACGCCAAUGAACAAGAGGAGGAGGAGGUGAAGACAGAUCGGCAGAGUGUUCUCUUGCUACCCUAACACACACGUGUGAGCGCGAAAGUCAUGCAAGAGAAAUCCCACAGUGGAUGCAGUUUAAAUUGUGUUCAUGAUACUGGUGUGGAUGCCCUUUAACUCACAAGUCUAAUUUUUUUCCUGCAAACAUAUGAAAAAAUAUAAAUGUAAUGCUUGUCGAACAUUGAAUA